AGCAACUUCAAAGUCAUUUACUUUCGUCAUUUUAGUUAGUAAGCAUUCCUAAACUUAAUAUUCAUAAUAAUGUUGCGUGCAUUAUUAAUUAUUUUGUUAUCAACAAAUUUAGUUUUUGGAAAGUUUAACUUUACAAAUUACAGUUUAUAUAGAAUUCAUCCUAAGAAUUCUGAUCAAAUUAAAUUGUUCCAAGACUUGAAGAAGACUGAUAAGUAUGAUUUCUGGAGUGAACCUGCCCCGAAUGUCGAUUAUGUGUCAGUGUUAGCAAGCCCUGAAAAUAAAAACGAUCUAGAAAACUUACUAAAACAUAAAAAUAUCAAUUUUGAAAUUACUUUGCCAAAUAUACAAGAUGUAAUUGACAAAGAAGUCAUUCAAUCUUACACCAGAAGCAACUUAAAGAGCAUGCAAUGGAAUGCAUAUUACACUCUUGAUGGCAUUUACGGAUGGUUAGAAGAUCUAGCCUACACGUAUCCUUCAACAGUAAGCAUUAUCACAGGUGGUCACUCGUACGAAGGCCGAGAUAUAAAAGGAAUCAGAAUAUCCCAUGGUGCUGGUAGAAAGGCUAUUUUUAUUGAAGGUGGAAUACAUGCCAGGGAAUGGAUAUCACCUGCAGUCGUUAACUACAUUACUAAUGAACUAGUAACUGGAAGUAAUGAGGAGGUAAAAGCAGCUGCUCGAGAUUUUGACUGGUAUAUAUUUCCUGUAACUAAUCCUGAUGGAUACGUUUGGACCUAUCAAGAGAAUGGGUUUAGAUUGUGGCGAAAGAAUCGACAACCCUAUGGUAAUCAAUAUGGUGUCGAUCUAAACCGUAAUUGGAACAAUAAUUGGCUUCAAUACAGUGUUAGUGUCAAUCCAGCGUCAGACGUCUACGCUGGGCCCGGUCCCUUUUCUGAGCCGGAAACUAGAUCUCUCUCAUAUUACAUCAGAUCUAUAAGUCAUGACAUCGAGCUGUACCUGUCUUUCCAUUCAUCGGGCCAACUUCUCCUAUUACCUUAUGGGAAUACUACUACUCCAUUAGCUAACUACUACGAUGCGAUUAAUAUCGGAAGACGUGCUAUGGGAGCUCUUUCAGUUAGAUAUGGGACGCAAUACACUACAGGAAAUAUUGCAGAAGCAAUAUAUUUUGCGACUGGAACAAGCCUUGACUGGGUUAAAGAACAUCUGAACGUACCUUUGGCUUACUGCUACGAACUUCGUGAUCGCGGUACUUAUGGACACCUUCUCCCGGCUGAUCAGAUUCUACCUUCAGGCGAGGAGACCAUGGAUUCUGUUCUGGAGCUUAUUUACCAAGCGAGACGGUUCGGGUAUCUUGACGAUCUUCAGAACAGUGAUUCUUUGUAUGAUUUUUGGACUGAUCCAAUUCCAUCAGCUGAAUAUGUUUCAGUGUUAGCAAGUCCUGGAAAUAAAGGUGAAUUGGAAAGAAUUUUGAAUGUCAAUAACAUUGUAUUUGAUGUGAUGAUGUCAAAUAUUCAAGAAGCCAUUGACAAAGAAAAAGUGAACACUUAUGCUCGAAGCAACAUCAGAAAUAUGACUUGGGACGCAUACUAUGUCCUUGACGAUAUUUAUUAUUGGAUGAAAGAUCUUGCUGUAACUUACCCUGCUAUAGCAAAUGUCAUAGUCGGCGGAAUAUCAUAUGAAGGCAGGGAAAUUAGAGGCAUUCGAAUUUCCCACGGUAGUGGCAGAAGGGUCGUUUUUCUUGAAGGUGGUAUACAUUCAAGAGAAUGGAUUUCACCAUCAGCUGUUUGUUAUAUUCUAAAUGAAUUACUGACGAGUGAUGAUGAAGAAAUACAGGCUAUUGCCCGCGAGUUUGACUGGUACAUCUUCCCAGUAACUAAUCCUGAUGGAUAUGUUUGGACACAUGAACAGUUCAGAAUGUGGCGUAAAAAUAGACGUCCAAUUGGUAACAAUUUUGGAGUGGAUUUAAACAGGAAUUGGAACAAUAAUUGGCUUGUUGCAGGCGCCAAUACGAAUCCAGCGACGGACAUUUACGCAGGACCUGGUCCGUUCUCGGAACCAGAGACCAGGUCGCUGUCGGAUUUCAUCAGGAGCAUCGGCGAUAGGAUCGAUUUGUAUCUGUCAUUCCAUUCGUUCAGUCAACUGCUGCUGAUUCCGUUCGGUAAUACCACGGAACCUGUGGGCAAUUAUUAUGAUGCUCUAAACAUUGGCAGGAGAGCUAUGGGGGCUCUAUCAGUUAGAUACGGAACACAAUACAUCACUGGAAAUAUAGCUGAAGCUAUCUACCAAGCCACCGGCGGCAGUAUAGACUGGGUAAAGGAACAACUAAACGUGCCUCUAGUCUACUGCUACGAGCUCCGUGACAGAGGAGCCCACGGGUUCCUGCUCCCAGAAGACCAGAUACUGCCAAAUAACCAGGAGACGAUGGACUCUCUGAUAGACCUCAUUCACCAGGCGAAGAGAUUCGGCUACAUGAGAAGUGGAGUUGCCGGCAGUAGUUAUAUAGCAACUGUAGUUUUAGCUAUAUUGUUUUUUAUUGUUAAUUAUUAGUGAAAAUAAAUAAAAAAUAUAGUAUU